AUGGAUUUCAGUCGCCGAAGUGUUCACAGAAGUCUGAGCUCCUCCUCACAAGGCCCAGCACUUAGCAUGAGUGGCUCCCUAUAUAGGAAGGGGGGCGUGCAGCGUCUGGGGGCUGCACCCAGUGUCUAUGGUGGAGCUGGAGGCCACGGCACUCGCAUCUCCGUCUCCAAAACCGUAGUGAGCUAUACCAGCGGAGGGGACAUGUUUGGGGGCAACGGGAAACUAGCAAUGCAGAACCUCAAUGACCGGUUGGCCAGCUACCUCGAAAAAGUGCGGUCCCUGGAGCAAUCCAACUCCAGGCUUGAAGCCCAGAUCAAGCAGUGGUAUGAAACCAAUGCGCCUAGCACCGUCAGGGACUACAGUCCCUACUACGCACAAAUCAAAGACCUGCAAAACCAGAUUAAGGACGCUCAAAUGCAAAACGCACGAUGCGUCCUGCAAAUUGACAAUGCUAAACUGGCUGCAGAUGACUUCAGAUUGAAGUAUGAGGCUGAGAGGGGGAUGCUCGUCACUGUGGAAGCUGAUCUCCAAGGCUUGAGCAAGGUUUUUGAUGACCUGACCCUUCAAAAGACAGACUUGGAAAUUCAGAUUGAAGAACUGAACAAGGACCUGGCCAUCCUCCAGAAGGAGCAUCAGGAGGAAGUUGAUGCCCUUCGCAGGCAGCUGGGCACCAAUGUCAACGUGGAAGUAGACGCUGCUCCAGGCCUGAACCUGGGAGAGAUCAUGAAUGAGAUGAGGCAGAAAUACGAAGUCUUGGCCCAGAAGAACCUCCAAGAGGCCAAAGAACAGUUUGAGAAACAGAGCGCAGCCCUGCAGCAAGAAGUCACCGUGAACACCGCGGAGCUGAAAGGAACCGAGCUGCAAGUCACGGAGCUGAGACGCACCUGCCAGGGCCUGGAGAUCGAGCUGCAGUCUCUCCUCAGCAUGAAAGAGUCUCUGGAGCGCACCCUGGAGGAAACCAAGGCUCGUUAUGCCAGCCAGUUGGCAGCCCUCCAAGGAAUGCUGAGCUCCCUGGAGGCCCAACUGAUGCAGAUCCGGAGUGACACAGAACGCCAGAACCAAGAGCACAAUGCCCUUCUGGACAUAAAGACCCGGCUUGAGCAGGAGAUCGCUACCUACCGCCGCCUUCUGGAAGGAGAAGACGUAAGAACUACAGAGUACCAGCUGGCCACUUUGGAAAGUAAGGAUAUCAAGAAAACCAGGAAGAUUAAGACCGUGGUAGAGGAAGUGGUGGAUGGCAAGGUCGUGUCCUCUGAAAUCAAGGAGGUGGAAGAAAGGGUAUAGCCCGCUGCCGAGGGGAGGCUGCUCCAGCUGAAAAUGAGAGAAAGUGGCCGUCAGAAAACACCAUCAGCACUGUGCAGUGAUUACGGUGGGAUGGGGAGUCUACGUCUCAGUCUCUGUAAUUAAAUAUAAAUGUUCUCGCUCUGCACUGAAGUGUUUGCAAGAUUGAACCAGGGAGUACUAGCCUAUUUAAGCCAUCAUCACUGCCAUUGUCAUCACAAGGCCCAUUCA